AUGCCACCUUCAACAGAGCCACCAAGUGGCACGUCAACUCCGCGAUCAUUUACCAACCAAUCCACCUCUGCAGAGGAGCUUCUCAAGUCGCAAACCGUCGGUCUAGUUCAUCUUUCCGAUUUUCGAAAACGCCGGGCAGAAGUUUUGGAGCAGAAAGAGCGCGAGGCCCAUGACAAGUCAUUAGGCAGAUUCACAUCUGCCACUUCAAGAACUGCGACACCUUCACAGGGAGAUGUGACCGAUGGUGCGUCGACACCUGCAAGUUUAUCAUCAGAUGGCCGACCUAAAAAGAAAAAGAAGGGUCUAGCGAAGACCAAGUUGUCGUUUGGAGAUGAUGAAGAAAGCAAUGACACCGGAGAGGAUUCUACUACAGUCAAACGAGGCAAGCUAAAAGUAGCAUCUAUGAAUUCAACAGAAGAAAAUUCUGGAUUACUGGGGCGCAAGAUUGUUGCGAAUCCAAAAGCACACCCGCCACCGAAAGCUCUCACGAAAGCGGCGAUUGAAGCCGAGGCCGAGGCCCGCGAUCUUCUUCGAAAGGAAUUCCUCGCACUUCAAGAAGCUGUCAAAGCGACAGAGAUUAUAAUCCCAUUUGUCUUUUACGAUGGCACGAAUAUUCCGGCUGGCAAUGUGAAGGUCAAGAAGGGAGACCCUGUAUGGCUUUUCCUUGACCGAUGUCGAAAAGUCGGUGCAGAGCUUGGUGUCGCAGGAGCUCAAAGUAGCGGGCGUGUGAAGCGAGAUAAUCGUCGCGAAUGGGCACGCGUUGGUGUUGAUGACCUGAUGCUUGUGCGGGGUGAUAUAAUCGUACCACAUCACUACGAGUUUUACUAUUUCAUUGCGAAUAAAGUGCCCAGCUUCAAUGAUGCUGGUGGCCUGUUAUUCGACUUCUCGACCGAGGCGCCGCCGGAAAAAAAUGAUGAUCCCCUUGCGGGGUCGAGCAAUGAGGAUCUUGAAGGAGCCGAUGCUGAUCCUGUCCUGACAAAGGUUGUGGAUCGCAGAUGGUAUGAAAAGAAUAAACAUAUUUUCCCAGCAAGCUUGUGGCGAGAGUACGAACAAGGAGAUGACUUCCUUUCAAAAAUGAAAUCAACAAGACGCGACGCCGAGGGGAAUGUGUUCUUCUUCUGA